AUGUACAUUUUUGGCAAAAAACCGAGGUAUAGACCAUUAGAAGGCGAUAUUAUCCUUCAGAGAUCACGCCUUCUCCUCUUUUGCCUGUUGUUUUGCCAACUCCUCCAGACGUUGAACCAACGAGCCCGCAAAGGCUUCUUUGUAGCCUUCGGAAACCGUAGUCAACAGCGCGGACAAUGUUUCAAAUGUGGUUUUUGGGAAAUCGACCACUUCGCCGGUCGCUUCGUUGUGCUUGUUCGAACAGAUUCUCCAGCCGCUGGUGCUCAAUUCAAUCGUUGCUGGCUUGUCUGGAAAUGA